UUUCUUAGAAAACUAAAAUUUGACAAUACCAAAAUAAGCCUCACAAUGCUAGCGUUAUCUCCUCCUCUGUUUUCAAACAUGUACACCAUGAGAGGGUCCUUAGAGGAUCAGAAUAAUAACUUUUUAUUGAGAGACAUGAUAGAAGACAUUGGUUCAGAACACUCAUCAUCACCACUAUUAUUUCUUAAUUUCCCCACUCCACCAGUACCGUCCGAUCAUUAUCAAUUUGAGAUUGAUCCCUCCACCACGCCAUCCACUGCAACCAUUAACAGUGAUCUGCGCAUGGUCAAGAAGCUCAACCACAAUGCUAGUGAGCGCGAUCGUCGAAAGAAGAUUAACGAUUUGUAUUCCUCUCUCCGUGCCCUACUUCCAGUUUCAGAUCAAACAAAAAAGUUGAGUAUUCCAGCUACAGUAUCUCGUGUGGUGAAGUACGUACCACUGCUACAAGAAGAAAUGGAGGAACUAGUUCGGAAAAGGGAAGAGCUUUUGUCAAGGAUUAAUUCGAGGCAGCAAGGGAAUACUAAUACUUUCCAAAAAGUAGACAAAAUAAAAUACACGGCUCCAAACUCAUUAUCUUCAAUUUCAGCAACUCAACUCAAUGAGAAAGAAAUUGCAGUUCAAAUAUCCACAUAUAAACUCAACAACAACAACAACAAACAAUUAUCUCAAAUGUUGCAUAAUUUUCAGAGUGAUGGCUUUUCAUUAUUACAUGCUUCAUCAUUUGAGUCUUCUAGAGGGAGGGUCUUCCAUAAUUUACAUCUUCAGGUGGUAGUAGACUCUUAGGUGGCGUUUGGUUGGAGGUAAUGAAAACAAUGGAAUAGGAAUAGAAAUAGUAAUAGAAUGGAAUAAGAAAGGUAAUGUGAUUAUAUUGUUUGGUUAGAAUAAUGGAAUCAAUGAUUGAAUACAUAUUCUUAUGUUUUGUUGACUAUGGAAUGGAAUGGAAUAAAUUUAUUUUGGACAAAAA